UUUUUGCCUUAACUGGAACCGCUGCUGCCUGAGACGAUCUGUGUUCAACAUCAUGGCAGUAAUCUACAGCUGUUUUAUUGCCUUAGCUUUGGCAACACUGUGCUCAGCCGGUACUAUUGCAAAUCGUCCCACAUUUCCGGUCCAAACAAAUCAAAUUCAGCCCGGCAGCAAAUCACCUGGUAAUAGAGUCAUGCAUCCAGCUUUUGCAAAUGCCGGUCGUACUCCCGGUUUGGAAAUCUGGAGAGUUGAGAACUUUGAACCAGUACCAUAUCCCAAAAAUAACUAUGGCAAAUUUUACACUGGUGACUCCUUUAUUGUCUUAAAUACUGUCCAAAAUAAAAAAGACAAAACACUCUCCUGGGAUGUUCACUUUUGGUUGGGUUCCGAAACAUCCGUAGAUGAGGCUGGUGCUGCUGCAAUUUUAACCGUGCAACUUGAUGACCUACUUAAUGGCGGUCCAGUGCAACAUCGUGAAGUUCAGGAUCAUGAAUCGCAAUUGUUUUUGAGCUACUUUAAAAACGGUGUACGUUAUGAGCAGGGUGGCGUUGGCACCGGCUUCAAGCAUGUCGAAACCAAUGCCCAAGGUGAGAAGCGCCUCUUCCAAGUAAAGGGUAAACGUAAUGUACGUGUGCGUCAAGUCAAUUUGUCCGUGUCGUCGAUGAACAAGGGCGAUUGCUUCAUAUUGGAUGCUGGUAAUCAGAUUUAUGUAUAUGUGGGCGCCCAGGCUAAACGUGUGGAAAAAUUGAAGGCUAUUAGUGCCGCAAAUCAGAUAAGAGAUCAAGAUCAUAAUGGCAGAGCUAGAGUGGAAAUUAUUGAUGAACACAGCACCGAUGCGGAUAAGCAACACUUCUUUGAUGUUUUGGGUUCGGGCUCCCCCAACCAGGUACCUGAAGAAUCUGUGGCCGAAGAAGAUGGAGCCUUUGAGACCACCGAUGCCAACUCGGUUACCUUGUACAAGGUCAGCGAUGCCAGUGGCAAAUUGAAAAUCGAUACCAUUGCCCAGAAACCUUUGCGCCAGGAAAUGUUACAAUCUUCCGAUUGCUUUAUUUUGGAUACCGGUUCCGGCAUUUAUGUCUGGGUUGGUCGUGGUGCCUCACCCAAGGAGAAGAGUGAUUCUAUGGCCAAGGCUCAGGAAUUCUUGCGCACCAAGAAAUACCCAGCCUGGACUCAGAUUCAUCGCGUCGUAGAAGGUGCCGAAUCGGCUCCAUUCAAACAAUACUUUGCCACCUGGCGUGAUGUUGGUAUGUCCCACACCCGUUUGAUACGUUCUGCAUUGGGCUAUGACACCGAUGAGUCCGGUUUCGAUGUGGAUGAUGUUGAUUCUGUGUUGAAGAACUUGAAGCAACGUGGUGGCCGUGCUAUUGGUUUUAUGCCUGACGGCGGGGAACAGGAAUUGACUAAGUUGACCCAGUAUGUCACCAGACCCGAUGACUCCGAAGUCAUUCUCAAUGAGGUGGAAUAUGAAGAGAAGAUGCCACUUUUGGGUUUUGCCGCCUACGUUAUACCCUAUCACUAUGAGGCGAAAAAUGGUGAAACUGGUACAUUGGUCUAUGUUUGGGAGGGUCUAACAGCCAGCGAUAUGGCCAAGGAACGUGCCUUUGAAGAUGCCAUGAACAUGGCCAAGGAACAGAAUGGCAUUUUGGUGCGUUGUGUACAAAAUCAUGAACCCAGGCAUUUUAUCAAAAUGUUCAAGGGUAAAUUGUUGACCAUGUUGAGUGGCAUGCCAACUGGACCUCAGCUGUUCCAUAUUCGUGGUGCUGAUGAGACCACUGUACAUGCCUAUGAGGUGGAAGCUGAUUCUGCAUCAUUGGCCUCCACAGAUGUAUUUGCUUUGGUGCGCAAUAAUGGUAGUAACAAGGUCUACAUUUGGUUGGGUUUGGCUGCCUCUGAAUUUGAAAAGGCCAUGGCCACUGAACGUUUUGGCCACUACUGGCCCGAUGCCGAGGCUGAAGUCAUUGAAGAAGGUGCCGAACCCGAAGAAUUUUGGGAAGACCUUAACGGUGAAGGUGUCUAUGAUCGCAGUUUGUCCGAGAAGGUGGCACCCAUUUUGGAGCCACGUCUCUUCCAUUGCCGUUUGGUGCGCAACCACAUCAAGGUCGAGGAAGUCAAUCAUUUCGAACAGGCCGAUUUGGAUAUGGAUGAUGUUAUGCUCAUUGAUGCUGGUGAUGAGAUUUACAUGUGGGUGGGUAGUGGUGCCAGCGAAAAGGAAAAUAACCACAUUUUGGAUAUGGCCAAGAAAUACAUUAAAUCGGAACCCACCGAUCGUACCAUCGACACCAUCAGCGUCAUUCGCAUUGCCCAAGAUCAUGAACCGCGCGUCUUCAAGCGUAUGUUCCCCAGCUGGGAAGAUGGUUUCUGGCAGGGUGUACCAUCAUACGAGGAAGCACGAAAACAAAUUUUGGAAGAUAACGAAAAUUUGGAUGUGAAUGAUCUAUAAAUAUGCCAAA